AUAAUUUCUGUAGUUGACUAAGUAGAACUUUGAACCAUUUAGUACGUGUGUACAGAACAGAAUAACUUGAACUUUAUCUGGGUUAAAAAUAUAGGACACAGUUAUGCAUCGGGUGGUUAGAUCUUCUGUGAUAACAAACAUCAUAGGAAAACAACAGAAAAUGAAGCCCACAAAAGUAAUUGGGAGAAUGUUUGCCCAGCAAGAAUCCUUGCCUAAAUUACCCGUCCCUGCCUUAGAUGCCACACUGCAGAAGUAUCUUAGAACUGUUAGACCAUUAGUUUCUGAUGAAGACUUUGAACAAACAAAAAAGUAUGUUGAGGAGUUCAGAAGGAGUUCUGGACCAAAACUACAGAAGUUCUUAGAGGAGAGAGCAACAAAGGAAGUAAAUUGGUUAUCAGAAUGGUGGGCCAGUGUAGCUUAUUUAGAAUUCAGAAAUCCUGUAGUAAUUCACGUCAGUCCUGGAAUUGUUCUACCAAAACAGAAUUAUACAGAUACAGAUGGACAACUGAGAUUUGCUGCAAAACUUGUGGCUGGAGUAUUGGACUAUAAAAUUAUGGUUGAUGAACAGACAUUGGAAGUAGAAUAUAUGGGAAAGAAUCCCUUGUGCAUGACCCAGUUUUACAAAAUAUUGUCUGCCUGCCGAACACCUGGACUAAAGAAGGAUACAUGGGAGUGUUUUCCCCCUGAUGAACCUAACCCACCAACCCAUGUCACAGUCAUUCAUAAUAAUACAUUUUUCUCAUUAGAAGCUUAUGGUAAAAACCACAAGCCUCUAAGUGUAGACCAGAUUUAUAACCAGCUGCAGAAAGUAGUUGAAAUGUCGAAAAAUCCCAGUACACCAGUUGGCAUUCUGACUUCUGAGAAUAGAAACACCUGGGCUAAAGCUCAUAAUCAUUUAGUUAAAGAUAAAACGAACCAAGCAGCAAUACAGAACAUAAAGAGAAGUAUUUUUGUACUCUGCCUCGAUGAAUUUUUGCCUGCUGACAUGUCAGACGAGAGGAGUGUAGCGGCUAAAAUUAUGUUACAUGGGGGUGGCAGUCAAUUAAAUACAGGCAACAGAUGGUUUGAUAAAACUAUACAGUUUGUGGUUGGUAGGAAUGGUAUUUGUGGCUUAAAUUAUGAACAUACAACAGCUGAAGGACCCCCUGUUGUCAGCCUCAUGGAUCAUGUAGCAGAAUUUUGUAAAACAGAUCAUGAUGAAGGGCUUCCAGCAGAGGAUAUUAAACCUGUGGAGAAGCUCGAAUUUAAAUUGGAUAAUAAAUCAUUAGAGGCAAUAGAUCAAGCCAAAAAAAACUUAGAUAUACAAGUUAAAGACCUGGAUUUAACAGUAGCUAAAUUUACAGACUAUGGGAAAAAAUUUCCUAAAUCUGUGAAAUUAAGUCCAGAUAGUUAUAUACAGAUAGCUUUCCAGUUAGCUUUCUAUAGGUUAUAUAAUGAGCCCUGUGCUACAUAUGAAACAGCUUCAUUACGAAAAUAUCAACACGGGAGAACAGACACAAUAAGAUCAUGUUCAAUCGAAUCAUUAGAAUUCUGUAAAGGGAUGUGUGAUCCUAAUGUGUCACAGGAGCAGAAAAGAGAAUUACUGAAGAAAGCUGUCAACUCGCAUAAAAAUUACGUUAAUGAGGCUAUAAAUGGACAAGGUAUUGAUAGACAUUUGUUAGGAUUAAAACUUGCUGCAAUAAAGAAUGGAAUGAAUGUUCCUGAUUUACAUAUGGACCAAACAUACAGUACCAGUUGCCAUUUUAAAUUGUCUACCAGUCAGGUUCCAUCAAAAGAAGAAGCUGUUUUAGUAUUUGGUCCUGUAGUUCCUAAUGGUUAUGGACUGUGUUAUAAUCCUCAGGAAUCACAGAUUAUAUUUGGUGUGUCUGCAUUUAACUGUAGUCCAGAAACUGACUCUAAUAAAAUGGCCAACUCAGUUCGGCAAAGUCUUAUUGACAUGAAAAACCUUAUGGCUGGAUCAGUACAAGCAAAAUUGUGAUAUAUUUAUUUAUUCUUACCAUUUAAUGUGAUACAUACCCUCGUCAUCAUGUAAUUCCUGUUCUAGCUGGAUAUAGAAAACUUGUGUGUGAUUGCUAGGCAUGAAUAGCCAAUCUUAUGCUCUUACCGGUACUUGAUUAGUAGGGGUGAAGAUAUAGUAUGAUGUUGUCAAUUAUUGCAUAGCAUGCAUAAUUUUAUAAAUGACAAGAAUGUUCCUAGUAUAUACCUCCUGAAUUAGCUUUUAAAUAAUUUUGAUAAGCUAUGUCUCCAUUAAUUUGAUUGCUUUAUUUCUCCAACUGGUAGCAAAAUACAGAACUUUCAUAUUUCAUUUGAAACUGCAGUUGACCUGUUUAUUGGCAGCAAAUAAUAUAUUUUGUAGAAAGGUUGAUAAGCUUACUAGUAAUCCUUGCCAACUACAGUGACAGGUGCUUAGAUAGAUGUUAUUUCUUGUAGUAUACCAAAUUUUGUGGACUCUUGAUGUCACUAAAAAGAAGAUACUCGUAAUUUCAAAGAAAAGGCAGAUUUCAAAAGGAUUUUUUGAAUAUUAAAAGAAAUUUUAGAAUUGUCGAAUGAAUGCAAUAAAAAUUGAGAUCGUUUGAAUAAUAUCCUUCACCAAUAUAUAUAUAUCUAUAGUAUAUGAUUGCUUCGUAAUAGAUAAAUGAAUGGAAAUUGUUAAUAUCAUCAUGAAAAUGAUCAGAAUGGAAAAUUGUUUCAUCAUGGAUACCAUUAGAUAUAUUGUAUAAACACAUAAUAAUAAUAAGUGUAAUCUGGAUGAUAGCAAAUGUGAUUUAUUGCAGUGGUAAUAAUACAUUAUUUUUGGAUCAUAUUUAAGUAUAAAUGAUUGUCAGAAAUAUUAACUAUACACAACUCUAAUCAGCUGAGGUCUCCCUUAUUUCAAUUUAACGAACACCCAAGGAAUAUUUUGAAUGAUGAUAUUCUUCUUAAAUACUUGAAUAUUAUAAACCCAAAAAUAUAUUUUUACAUCAGCCUUUAUAAUGGUAAGUCUUUUAGUUUAGACUGUACUACUGUUUAAACACUAAUUAUUUUAACAGAAUUAAUUAUAAUAUUCUCAAUUGAGCAGAAAAAAUCUAACAUUAGCCAAAUUCAGAAAAAAAACCAACAUGAAACUCAGUUAAAAUAGUUAAUUACAGAAUAAUGGUUUGGAUUGUACUUUUUGUGUAAACAAACAUCUAUACUACAGUAAUAUGACAAAUUUAGAAAGAAGGAUAACUAACAUUUAUGUCUGCAAUACACUCUAAGGGCACAUACAAGGGUUACAAAUCGGGAAUUCUUUUCUCAAAAUUUAGAGGGCUAUUUAACCUCUUCUGCUGCUUAGAUGUGUAAAAUCAUAUACAAGAUUCUCUGUUUCUGGCUCUCCUUAGUAAUGUGUGUGGAUGUGUAUAAAUGUUCUAUUACCAUGCCUUCUAUGUUAUAUUUAAUGAAGCGGGUUGUUAUUUAAUCUCCGUGUCUAGUUUUGUCUCCCAACCUUCAUUUUAGUGCAGUGUGAUUCUGCUGCUAUAUUUACACAUUAGCAAUUAGUUGAACAGAUUUCACCUCUGACACCAUUGUUAGCCCAGCUACUGUAUAAUUAUGCAGAUGUAGCCUUAAUUUAUAGUUGUAAUUUUGUUUUGACUUCACUAGUCCAAUAUUAGAUGAUAACUGUAUUAUUAUACUGGUAUUUUUUUUUAUUAAAGGUGCUAAAUAACAUCA